AUGAGUGGCUACGGUAGACGCGACGACUAUCGCCGCUCCGGCUCAUCCCAUCAUCGAUCCCGCACUAGUAAGCAUGAUUCCUCGCAUUCGUACAGAAGUCACGGACACGAGCCAACCAGACGACGUUCUCGUUCUCCUUCCUCGUAUCACCACUCCUCUUCACGCAGCCACCAUGAUCGCUCUCAAGAUCCCUACCUGAACGAGCCUGACCACAGCAGACGGCGUGACUAUGGACGCGAUCGCGACUGGGACAGACGUGACUACGAUGCACGCUCCGGACCCGAUCCAUAUCACGACAACAGGUAUGCUAAUGACGGUUUAUUACGGAGCAGCCGUCGACGAUGGGAUGAAGGACCAUCUGCUCCUCCACCUGUUCCUCCCACAUUCCCCGUGCCUGACGCAGCGAGAUUGACCUCACAUAGCCAGUUGCCGCCGAGACCACUAGCACCACCGGCAGCACCACCGGCAGCACCACCGGCAGCACCAUCAGGAGCCCCACCAGGAGUAGCCCCAGGACCACCGCCCGCCUUCUGGCCGCCACCUACAGCUUCUACUGCUUUGUCCACGGCACCAAACCCCAAUGCACCGCUUUCGCCUGAAGAGCAGGCAAAGCUGGCCAAGAAAGCUCGUCUUGAAGCAUGGCGCAAGGAGCAGGCCGCAAAGAAGGCGCUAGAAGAAGCAAAACAGCGCGCACAGUCGAUCGCAAGUGCUGUUGCGCCUGCGUCUCAGAAAACACAAGCGACCGUCCCUUCCUCUACAUCGCAGACAGCACCGACUUCCAUCAAUGCCACCGGUCUCCGCACACUGUCCCUGCGAACAGAUCCUUCCCGCAUCAAUGCACAGAACCGAUCUCGUUCCAUGAUGGAAGACGCUUCCGAGCCCUCCACAAGAAAGCAGAUCAACCGCUUCGACGAUCUUCCUCCUUUAGACCCUACUGUCCAAUCGAGCGCACUCAAAGGCUUCCUUGCAAACGACGACGACGACGACGAUGACGAUUCAACACCGCCUACGCCGUCAUCGAAACGAGCCGACGCCAACAAUGACAUGGAUGUGGAUGAGCAAGAGGAUCCUCUCGACGCCUUCAUGUCUACCGUCAAGAGUCAGGUAGCCCAGGUCAAUGCAGAAGAUCGACGCAAAGCAGGCACCAGUGGAGAUGCCAGCUCGAAAACAAACAAGCCAAAAGCUGUCAUUCUUGGUCAAGAUGACAGCGACGACGAGGCUGAAGACCCAGACGAGGAGCUUGACGAACUCGACCGUGUGGGUGUAGCAACUGAGGAUCUCCUGGCCAUCGCUGCCAAGAAGGUCAAGAAGAAAGAGCUUGCUACCGUCGACCAUGCCAGCGUCGACUACGAGCCCUUUUGCAAAGUUUUCUACCAUCCUCCUGCCGAGAUCGAAGAUAUGUCUGAGGAGCUUGCCAAUCAGAUCAGGCUCGAGAUGGACGCCAUCGCCGUGCGCGGCAAAGACUGCCCGAAGCCGCUCAUCAAAUGGUCGCACUGUGGUCUCCCUGCAAGCGCCCUGGAUGUUAUCAAAAAACUUGGUUAUGCUGCACCUACACCCAUCCAGAGUCAGGCGGUCCCUGCUAUCAUGUCUGGAAGAGACAUCAUUGGAGUAGCAAAGACCGGUUCGGGCAAGACCAUGGCCUUCUUGCUGCCCAUGUUCCGACAUAUCAAGGAUCAACGUCCUGUCGAGCCUUCCGAAGGUCCCAUAGGCAUCAUCAUGACACCUACACGAGAGCUGGCCGUCCAGAUCUAUCGAGAGAUGAGACCUUUCAUCAAAGCUCUUGGUCUACGUGCUGCCUGCGUCUACGGUGGCGCUCCCAUCUCGGAACAGAUUGCCGAGAUGAAGAAGACAGCGGAUAUUGUUGUCGCAACACCUGGUCGACUCAUCGACCUUUUGACCGCAAAUUCUGGUCGUGUAACGAAUCUGCGACGAGUCACCUACCUCGUUCUCGACGAGGCCGAUCGCAUGUUCGAUAUGGGUUUCGAGCCCCAAGUCAUGAAAAUUGUCAACAAUAUCCGCCCAGACCGGCAAACAGUGUUGUUCUCCGCCACCUUCCCGAAGCAGAUGGAGUCGCUGGCACGCAAAGUGCUCAAGAACAAGCCUCUGGAGAUCACCGUUGGUGGUCGCAGUGUGGUGGCAGCUGAAAUCGAGCAGAUUGUCGAGGUGCGUCCCGAGAAUACGAAGUUCCACCGCUUGUUGGAAAUCCUUGGCGAGCUCUACAAUCGAGACAAGGACGCACGUACCCUCAUCUUUGUCGAUCGUCAGGAGGCAGCCGAUGACUUGCUCAAGGAUCUCAUGCGCAAAGGCUACGUCACUAUGUCGCUGCAUGGUGGCAAGGAUCAGGUCGACCGCGACGAGACCAUUUCCGACUUCAAGGCUGGCAAUGUGCCGAUUGUGACUGCCACAUCGGUCGCUGCUCGUGGUCUCGACGUCAAGCAGCUCAAGCUUGUCAUCAACUACGAUGUGCCCAACCACAUGGAGGAUUACGUCCAUCGUGCAGGACGAACGGGUCGUGCUGGUCAGAAAGGAACUUGCAUCACCUUCAUCACGCCCGAACAGGACCGAUAUGCACGUGACAUUAUCGCAGCGCUCAAAGCCAGUUCGGCACACGUCCCAGCGGAGCUCGAGGCCAUGGCGGAGUCGUUCAAGGAGAAGCUUGCAGCCGGCAAAGUCAAAGCUGCUGGGUCCGGAUUCGGUGGAAAAGGUCUGGAUCGACUCGAGACGGAUCGCGAAAAGGUGCUCAAGGCGCAGAAGUCUGCUUAUGGCGAAGCCGACGAAGAGGGCAAGGCAGCCAAUGGAGGUGCCGGCGAGUCUACCGAUGCUACUGGCAAGACAGGCGCGGCGGGUGGCUCGUCCAGCUCAGAGGAUCAGCUGAGCAAGCUUCAGGGCAUGAAGAUUGAAAUCAUGCACGGUGCAGCUCCCGAAUCGGUGCGCGAGAACAAGACCGUCUCGGCCAGCGACGAGGCCUCAGCCGCUGCAGCCAAGAGCAAGGCCGAUGAGGAGCAAGAGGCUAAGGAGGCGGCACAGCUCAAGGCGCAAGAAGCUGCCUUGGAAGCAGCCAAGGCUCACGGUGCAGACACGACCAAGUUGGCAACUGUGCUCGAAAACAUUCGAAAGCAAGCCAACGCACGAAAGGAGGCUUCCAAAAACUCGGAUGCGGACAAGCACAAGGAUCGAAAGGCUCGCGAUCCAGAUGCCACCGACUACCAUGCGAUUGUACCGAUCAACGACUUCCCUCAGCGAGCGAGAUGGCGUGUUACCAACAAGGAGACCAUGAGUCACCUGAUCGAGUCGACAGGAGCAUCGAUCACAAACAAGGGUGUGUUUUACAAGGAGGGUACGGAGCCGCAACCUGGCGAGCCACCCAAGCUGCAGCUGCUUAUUGAGUCGAAUAACAAGUCGAUGGUGGAAGAUGCGGUGCGAGAGAUUCAGAGGUUGCUGGUGGAAGCAACCCAAGCGGCGCUGGAAGCUGAAGCACGGAAUCCGGGAACAACAGGUCGUUAUACUGUUGUGUGA